AUGAGUCUCUUCCAAAGGGGACUCCACACUCAGGCGUCGGCGUUCGCGAUCCGCCCACGACCGAUUACCCCCAGCCUUCGAUCUCCGCUGCGGCGGGUGCGCCAGCCGCGACGACACAAAUCCUCGGACGCGCCGACGCCCGAGACACCCGCCGAGGCCAGAACUGGUGGAGAUGGAGCAACUGUGAAUGCGGGUGCGCCUGCAAAGCCCUCCCCGUCGAACGCCUCGUCCUCAUCUCCGUUGCAAUCGCCGGCCCCUACACCGUCUGCGUCCUCAGCGCAGCCUGCGAAUACUGUUGCCGCCGCGGCGGGCGCGGCGACGACACCGAGCGCAGCGAAUGCCGCAGUGCGGUCUAGGGGAUUGCGCGAGAUCGUGCGAGCUGGCCCAUUGGGGCAGCUGGGCAGGUGGUAUUCGCGCGUGCAGGAGCGGAAGCCUUAUGCAACGCAGUUCUACAGCUCGAUUAUCAUAUAUCUGUGCGGAGACUUGAGUGCGCAGCUGAUGUUCCCUUCCGAGGCGCCUCAGCCUGCGAAGUCGGAGGAGAAAGAUCCUCAGGUGUCAGCCGAUGAAGAUGAAAAGGAAGUGAGUCGGGGCGGUGCAUAUGACCCGUGGCGAACGGUGCGACACUUGAUCGUGGGCGCGGGAUCGAGUAUCCCAUCGUAUAACUGGUUCAUGUUUCUCCACAAUCACUUCAACUAUCCAUCCAAGUUCCUAUCCGUCCUGACGAAAGUCGUCGUUCAACAAAUCUGCUUCACCCCCGUGUUCAACACGUACUUCUUCAGCAUGCACUCUCUACUCGCAGGCGCGACCUUGGACGAAACCUGGGAGCGCCUGAAGAAGGCCCUCCCUGUCAGCGUGACCAACAGUGUCAAACUGUGGCCCGCCGUCACUGCGUUCAGCUUCAUGUAUGUGCCGCCGCAAUUCCGAAACGUUUUCUCGGGCGUUAUUGCUGUUGGCUGGCAGACAUACUUGAGCUGGCUGAACCAGAAGGCUGCGCGUGAGGUCCUUGCGGCUGAGCUCGCGGCGGAGGAGAACAAGGCUCCUGGAGCACAGGUGUUGGCUGGGAAGCUAAUUCCUGCAGCGGGGGCUGCAUGA